GAAACUUCUGCUGAGUCUGUGGCGGACGCGGCGGCGGCGGCGGCGGCGGUAGUGGUGGUGGUAGGGAGGGGUUCAAGAGAAGGAUGAAGAAGGGGAAGGGAAAGAACAGUAGAUUGUUGCCCAAUUCUUUGCGGAUUAUAUCGUCUUGUCUCAAGACCGUAUCGACUAAUGCUAGUACCGUCGUCCGCUCCGCCGGUGCUACCGUCGCCGCCUCUAUUUCCCGUUCCGGAGAUGGUCCCAGAGAUCAGGUAACUUGGGCUGGCUUUGACAAAAUAGAGCUUGGUCCAACUGCCUUCAAACAUGUUCUGUUACUUGGUUAUCAGAAUGGUUUUCAGGUCUUUGAUGUUGAAGACAACUCUAAUUUCACUGAAUUGGUUUCGAAGCGUGAAGGUCCAGUUAGGUUCUUACAGAUGUUGCCCCUUCCUGCCAAGUCUGACGGUGAUGAAGGAUGUAGAUCAUCACAUCCUUUACUGUUGGUUGUUGCAGGGGAUGAAUCCAACAGCUUAACCCUGAGUCGAAAUUGUAGCCAUUUGGGCAGAGAUGGUUCUGUGGAGUCUCAAUCAGGGAAGACUGCCAACUCUCCUACGGUUGUUCAGUUUUACUCUCUUCGGUCUAACUGUUUUAUGAAACCUCUGAGGUUCCGAUCAGCUGUGUGUAUGGUUAGAUGUAGUCCUCGGAUAAUUGCUGUGGGUCUUGAAGCACAAAUAUAUUGUGUUGAUCCCCUUACUCACGAAAAGAAAUUCAGUGUUCUCACCUAUCCUGUUCCUCAGUUUGGAGAACAAGGAACAUUUGGUGUUAAUAUUGGUUAUGGCCCAAUGGCUGUGGGUCCGAGGUGGUUAGCUUAUGCUUCUGACAAUUUGCUUGUUUCUAACACUGGCCGCUUAAGCCCAAAGAACCUUACUCCAGGUAUCAGCCCUUCAACAUCGCCAGGCAGUGGUAGUUUGAUGGCCCGUUAUGCAAUGGAGUCCAGCAAACAGUUGGCUGCUGGGAUUUUGAAUCUAGGGGAUAUGGGAUACAGAACUCUUUCCAGAUACUGUCCAGAGCUUCUACCAGAUGGUCCUAGUUCUCCAGUGCCAUCAACUUCAGGCUGGAAAGUUGGUAGGCUUUCAGCAUCAGAAACCGAGAAUGCGGGAAUGGUGGUUGUCAAGGAUUUUGUUUCCCAAGCUGUUAUAUCGCAAUUUAGGGCUCAUACCAGUCCAAUAUCUGCAUUAUGUUUUGAUCCAAGUGGAACCCUUCUUGUAACUGCAUCAAUGCACGGAAAUAACUUGAAUGUCUUUCGGAUCAUGCCACGUUGCAUACGUAGUGGAUCAAGCAAUCAAACUUAUGACUGGAGCUCUUCUCAUGUGCAUCUUUACAAGUUGUAUCGUGGAAUAACAACAACUAUCAUCCAAGACAUCUGCUUUAGUCAGUAUAGUCAGUGGAUUGCUAUUAUUUCAUCCAAAUGCACUUGCCAUAUUUUCGUUAUAUCUCCUUUCGGCGGUGACGCGGGCUUUCAAAGUCUUAGUGCUCACGGUGAAGAGCCCGCCUUAUAUCCAGUUCUCUCUCUACCAUGGUGGUCUACUUCGUCUUUCAUCAUAAAUCAGCAACUUUCUCCACCCCCUCCUCCUCUUACCCUUUCUGUUGUGAGCCGGAUAAAAAAUAGUAAUUCUGGAUUGCUUGACUCAGUUAGCAAUGCUGCUGCUUCUGCAGCAGGAAAGGUUUCUGUGCCAUCUGGUGCUGUUGCUGCUGUUUUUCACAAUUCCAGAACUCAAAGUAUCCAUGUUCACUCAAGGUCAAAUAAUUCCUUGGAGUAUCUGUUGGUUUAUACGCCGUCGGGCCAAGUGAUUCAAUAUGAGCUUCUGCCAUCAUUAGGGGUGGAACUAACUGAUAGUGGUUUAAGAACCCAGUCAGGUUCAUAUGCCCAUACACAAGAUGACAAAUUAAGGGUGAAAGUUGAAUCUGUUCAAUGGUGGGACGUAUGCAGAAGAUCUGAUAGGCCAGAGAGAGAGGAAUCUGCAGAGAUAAUUGAUGAUAACUAUAAAACAAACUUUCAGGAGGUAAAUGAUGGUUUGGGGUGGAAAAAGUUGGUGAAAAGCGAUUCUUUAAACGCUCAUGAGAGUUCCCACUUAUAUCUAUCCAAUGCAGAGGUGCAAAUUAACUCUGGAAGGUUAUUAAUAUGGCAAAAAUCCAAGAUUCGAUUCUAUACGAUGAGUCCUCCAAGAGUCAAAGAUAAAGCGGGUGGAGAGAUUGAAGUUGAGAGGCUCCCUGUUUAUGAAGUGGAAAUAAAACGGAAGGAUUUAUUGCCUGUUUUUGAUCAUUUCCAUAGCAUCAAAUCAGGCUGGACUGACAGAGAGCUUUCUGGGGGAAGAUAUCACAAUGCUUCAUCUUUGGAGCCCUACCAAACCAGAGACAAAGCCACUGAAGAAACGGUUAUCUGUCACUCAAAGCCAGCAUCACUUAGCUCCACUGAAAGCUCAGAUGGUGGUUCGUCAAGAAGAAUUGAGAAUUUGCUUGAUUUGGAUCGAAUUAAUAUAGAGAAGCCUAUUACAUCAACUAGUCAUAGCCUGAAUGAGUUAUAUCAAGAAAGACCUGCUGAACAUUCAAAUAACACUGAUUCUCAAGUUGAUGACUCUGUUACAAAUGGAGUAUCUUCAGUAGAGAGCAAGUUGCCUUCUGAUGGAAGAGCUGUUGCUGAAGGAGCUCGGACCUCAAACACUGGUGGAGUAAGGGAGGAUCCCAUGUUAACUGCUGACCAUUUUGAUUCGGCUUUGAACAUCACUGCAGAGCAGACUACAUCUUCAAGAAAAAAUCUGGUGGAUUUUGGACAGUUUUUUCAGGAGGGUUACUGUAAGGCAUUGGAGCUUGAUAAAUGCUGCGGGUUAACUGAAGUUGUAACUGAUGAUGUGGACAGCAGCGGUAGCCACUUUGAGAAGGGAAGAGCUGAGAAUGACGAAGAGAGUGAUGGAUUGCUGGGUUGCAUGUUUCCCUUCUCAGAGGAAGGUUGAUUUAUAGCUUCCAAAAUGAGAAUUGCUGGAUACGGGUCUAAUUGAAGCUUGGAUUGCAAUUGGACGACAAAACAACCCAGCAUAUGUGAACAUCUCUCUCUCAUGUACAUUUUGUGUAGAUGGAAAUUUAUGGAUUGAUGCAAGGUCCUUUGUUUUACCUGUCUUGAUCUUUCUAUCAAGUCAGCGUGUAAAUAUGAUAUGAUUUUGGUGUGAGCAAAAAAUCUCUCCAAACAAUGUUUAUAUUGAAGAAAAAAAGAAAUGAAAAAGGAAAUGAAUGAAAAGGUUAUGUUUA